GUAAAAAUGUACGCAAAAAAAAGGUACUGGACACACACGACAAACUGUUUUCUCCCUCAAUUGCUCUCUUUCCAUAGUCAACAAAGGUGUUUCCAUUGCAUUCCUUCUUCGCUCCAUCAUUCACUUUGCAUCCGCUUCUACUACCGAGCGCCUUUCCUCUUUGCACUUUGCUUUUCGCUCAUAUCCCCUAUCAAUUGACUGCUGCGUAAGCGACUUCUGCUCUCAAAAGGUGCGAAUGUGAGAGUGUUCAACAGAGCAACAACCAGGUGUCAGCCCUGGCUCCUACUUUCGUUCCCCCGCGACCUGUCCUCCGCCACCAUCACCCUCAACUUUAAUACCCAGGCACACGCACUCGCGCGCUGCAGAUGCAUGCGCUCGACUUGACUAUCAAGGCUACACUCAAUGACUUCCAAACUCUCGCUUCUAUCUAUACCUACAAUAUCCCUUGUACACUGUCAAUUACCUGCGUUAUAUUUCUUAUAUAUUUGCCACGAGAUUGUCAAAGUGUUAGGCGAAUGGUCCUGCAGCAGUAACAGGAAUUGCAGCUCAAGGAAAGGAAAGGAAAAGAAAGGAAAAGAAGGAUACUGGAAAUGCAUGUGUAGAUGUAGUGGCAGCAUCUCUCAUUUCCUAUCUGCAAGAAAACUCUCGGACUUUGCCUCGCAAACGUACAAGACACAACAUUGGAGUGGAUGACCUCUCCCCGCCCCCUUUGUCCUUUGUACCCAUUGAUCCCCUAUAAAAAUUACCGCCGUCGUCAUGAGCAAUGGGUCAGUUCUAUGCAGGGAGCUGGAAC